CAGACUGCCUUACACUGGGCAGCGAAACACGGACGCCAUGAGGUUGUGAAGUUCUUGGCCCAGACUCAUCACGUGGAGAUAAAUGCUCGAUCGGGAUACACGCCGCUUCAUAUCGCAGCUAUGUACAAUAGAACAGAAGUUUUUGACCUCUUAGUCCAUUUUGGUGCUGACCUCAACAUGCGCGAUUACUCCGGAAAGAAGGCCAGGACGUACAACACGAUCAACUCCACCGUUUCCCAUGACACUCAGAAGAGAAUCAUCCAGAGGAGGAAUUCUGUAAAAGAGGCUGCUGGGUUCUUGCGUAUUGGGUCUCUCAAUGUUAAGGUUCGAAAGACCACCGAAGCAUUCAACAACCUGCUUUCUAGAGAUGUUGAAGCUAGGUUACACCGUACAUGGGGAUCUUCAGACUCUCUACCCGACGCAGAUAAAGAAUCCAAGUCUAUGCCACCACCCAAGUUUGGUCCAAUUAAGAAACGAAAAACCAAGAAAGAUAGAGAUUUUGUUGCCCCUCGUCCAGUAUCUGCAUAUUCUGCACUAGCACCCACUGAACCCAUUUCUCCAACUUCAGGGUCUGGGAUGCCUCCUGUUAAUGCAGACUCUGAUUCUGAUUCAGCCUAUGGGUUUGGUUCAGAAUGGCACUAAACCUGGAGCUUUCAAUUAAUAAACAAGGAAAACUCUGUUUAAAGUUAUUAUGGUAACAUGCAAGAUGUAAUAAAAAUUGUUUUUACUAACAACUUUAGCUAUGCCAAGUUGCAUGAAUGUUGCAAAUAAGUAGCAUUUCACUUUGACUUCACAUUACUUGCUUUAUAUUGAGGCCUGCCAAAUAUAAAUAAAUAUUUGUACAAGGAAAAUCCUAAUGAGAAGAAAGCCUUAUAUACGAUGAAUGAAAGAAACGUCAUAAUGAGCAAGAUUCAUGAUUAGGCUUGUAAAGUUUUUUUUUACACACUUGUCUUGCAGAUAAAUAAUGUUUUUUGAAAUUUAGUUAUUUAAUACUUUAAUAAAACGAAGGUACUGAGCAAAAUUGUUGUUACCUUGUUGCUUAUUAACAUGGCAUUCCUUACUGGUUGUGUCAUUUAUUCUUGUGUAAUGUUAAAACUGGUCACAGAUCUGAACUCAAAUACUCUCAUUUAAAAGUACUAUUGGCACAAAUUUUUUUAACUCAUUUAUUGUUUAGGUACAACUCAUUUUCAACAGUAUUUCAAGGUUUAUGUACUUAAGUUUUUAUAUGUAGAAAGCUCUCUUGUUAGUACAGUAUACUAGUUUAUUUUUAAUGGGAAACAGACGUAAUGUUACACUACAAACCAAUCCAUAUGAAAUACCUAUAUUAUAUGGCUCAAAUGAACCAAAGGGUCUUAGCAUUUAAUUUGCAUGAUGCACCAAAUUUAUUAUGUUUAAAAAUUAUAUACUAUAUAAAUAUUUGUAAUGUAUUUAAUAUUGUUAUUGAACUGCACAUAUUUUUCUGUAAUGUAAAUGUGUUUAGUUUUCCUUAUUGAUGCCAAUUAACUUUUUGUUACUGUGUACUACUCCUAAUAGAUACUCUAGUGGUAAACUAUAAAAGCACCUUUACAAAUUUUUUUAAAGAGAUUAAUAUUUUUUGUGGAAGAAAUAAAAGUUAUUUG